UUCAACCCGUCACCAUCACUCUGUGGGUGGAGGCAACACAGACUGUAAAAAGAUCCUCCCUUCAGGGCAACUCUCACUUUUCCAGCAGCUGAGGAGUUUUGAUUCCAGUAGCUCGGCGUGCAGACACCACAGCCAUGAUAAGGAACGAGGUUUUCUCCUGUUUUGUCUUCUACGCCGUCCUUCUGGUGGUUAAAAUGUACGUGAUCGCCGUCAUCACGGGACAAGUGAGGCUGAGAAAGAAGGCUUUUGCCAACCCUGAGGACGCGCUGAGACACGGAGGGUUACAGUUUCACAGAGAGGAUCCAUAUGUGGAGCGAUGCCGGAGAGCGCAUCAUAACGACUUGGAGAACAUCCUGCCUUUCCUCUUCCUGGGUGCCGUCUACUCCCUGAUUGGACCGUCGCCGUCCGUGGCCCGCCUUCACUUCCUCGUGUUUUUUAUCUGCCGUGUACUGCACAGCAUCGCCUACCUGUUGCCCUUACAACCACCCACCCGCUCCGUGGCCUACAUCGUGGCUCAGAUACCGUGUAUUUCCAUGGCUGUGCAGAUUCUCAUGUCAGUCGCAUCUUAUGCCUGACAUUAAAUGAAAGAGCUCAACCCGACGGUGCCACCCCGGGAGGCUGCAAGGGUCAAAGA